AAAAACGGAGCCCUUCUGAUUAAGCCUUUUUGUGGCGAGAAAUAUUCUAUAUGGAAAUUUAGAAUCAGAGCUUUGUUUGCUGAAUUAGAGGUGCUCCAAGUAGUCGAUAACAUAAUGCCUAACGAAGUAGAUGAUAAUUGGAAAAAGGCAGAGCGAUGUGCGAAGAGCAUUUUAAUUCCAUAUUUAGGCGACGAAUUUCUAAACUUCGCGGCAGGCGACAUUUCGGCACGUGAUAUCCUAAAGAAUUUAGACGCCAUAUAUGAGCGUAGAAGCCUUGCGUCGCAAUUAGCUGCACGUAAACGUUUAAUAACACUCAAACUCUCAAGUGAAAUGACACUUUCUAGUCAUUUUGUUAUUUUUGAUGAAACAGUGAGUGAGUUGUUAGGGGCGGGCGCUAAAAUGGAUGAGAUGGACAAAGUGGCACAUUUGCUGCAGACUCUACCUUCAACCUAUAAUGGUGUCAUCAAGGGCAAUCGAAACUUUGUCAGAUGAAACUCUAUCAUUAGCGUUUGUAAAAAAUAAAUUGUUCGACUACGAGACCAAAUUAAGAAAUGAAAGUACUGAUACAAGUAGUAAAGUCAUGAAGGCAGUUGUAAGAAAUAAUAACAAUUUUAAUAAUCGUAAAACGUUUGGAUCUAGAAACACACGGCAAAAGAUAUUAUUUAAGGGAAAAGCUAGAAGUAACAUUAAAUGCCAUCACUGUGGCAAAGAAGGGCACAUGAAAAAAGACUGUUACCAGUUUAUAAGGUUAAAUCAAAAUAAAGAAAAUUAUAAACAUAAUAAACAAGCUCAGCUUGCAGCAUCGAGCCACGGGUUCGCAUUUAUGAUGCGGAAAAUGACAAAGAGUGAUCAAAUAAAUAAUGAACUCGGUUUUAUACUCGAUUCUGGUGCAACGGAUCAUUUGAUCAAUGAUGCCUCGCUGUACGCCGAUUGCAUCGAAUUGGAGCAGCCAAUUAAAAUCGCUGUGGCAAAAGAAGGCGAGUUAUUAUAUGCCACUAAGCGUGGAAUUGUGCGGCUGCACAAUGGACACAAUAUCACACUAGAGGAUGUGCUCUACUGCAAGGAGGCAGCAGGAAACCUCAUGUCUGUCAAGCGUCUGCAACAGGCAGGGAUGUCAAUUAAGUUUGACUGUGGUGGUGUCUCCAUAUCAAAAAAUGGAGUAAUUGUUGUUAAACAUACAGACAACCAACUUGCUGACAUCUUCACGAAGCCACUACCUGCGGAAGAUUUGCGGAACUGCGGAACAAAUUAGGACUACUACAAGAAGAAUGAUUCCAAUUUAAUGAAAACAUGAACAUGAAGCUUUACUAACGAUUUUAUUACAUUAAUUCAUAUAUUUUUUUUUUUGAUUUGAACCAAAAGAACCAAUGAAUUGUUAAAGUAAUUUAAUUUUAUGUUAAUCUAAUUUUAAAGUGAUCUGAUCGGGUUUUUCUGGGUUUUACCCGUAUCCUUAGAGCAAAUGCUGGAUCACAUAACACUUCCCAGAAUGCACACCAACCACAUUAGAAUAACAAUUGAAUGUUACCGUUUUGAUUUAAUGAUGAAAACAUUUUUUUUUAUUUUUAUGAUUUUGAUGAUUAAUGUUAUUUUUGAGGGGGCGUGUUGGAAUACGCCUAUUCCCACAUUCAAAUAAUAACACUAAAUACUAUUAAAUAAUACUAUCGAUAUAUUAAGUAUUAUUAUGUAAAGUUAGUCUGGUCACACUUGAAGUGUCCACAUCCUCUUUCUUUUCUGAUCUCGAAUCGAAUGUACGUGGUACCGGUGUUGCAGUGAAAAAGUAAUCAAGAAAUACAUAAAUAAUCUUUAAGGAAAAAUAUAACUUGCAAAUCGUGCUCAACACAAUGAAGUGCUCCCUCAGUGGAAAAGUGUUCGCGAACAUCGAGUGCCGUCCAGAGACCCGGGAGGCCUUCAACCUGAUCCUCACCACCGACGAGCUGAAGACAGCGGAUAACGUUGUGGGCGUGUUCGAGCUCCGGCUCUCCAUUUACGGUCAAACGAAGGCAAUUAUAAUAAAGAAUAUUCGCCUGGAUUUGUGCCAGCUUCGGGCUCAGCUUCGGGACAAGAAAUCACUCAUGCGCUUCUUCUACAAGGGCCUGCGAACCGCCAAUCACAACCUACCGGACAAGUGUCCGUUCCUCAGGAACACCACCUACUUCAUGCGGAAAGUGGAGCUGGAUGCCAGGGAGCUGCCACCCUACCUGCCCGAGUACAACUUCACCUUCGGAGGCAGGAUCCACGCAAACAACGUCGUCUGUUCAGAGCUCCUCAUCACGGGGGGCUACUGCGAGGCCGAGCUGGACUGCACGGGACAGAGGGAGCUCUGAAGACGCAUGAAAUAAAAAAAGAGCACGCCUCUGACUCAAAGAGCAAGUCCCAUACGCGUUUAACUCACUCAAAACCGGCACCCGAACUGCUUAAGCGGGGAAAGAGCGGUAGGCGAAAGAGAGGGAGAGAGAGCGAGCGACUCUCUGAGCCAUGGUCUUUUACUAAGCCCGGCCAGAGCCAGUCAGCCGUCAAAGCCGUCAAAAAACUCAAAGCGAGCGGUACGCAUGCGCGCAGUCCGCAGAUCCGUUAGAAGCACUGCCACAGAACAGAGUUGCGAUUUAUAGAGGGCCAAGUGGCGACACACGGGAACGAACGCGUCUAAAAAUACUGCGCGUGAAGGACACAUACUGAUAAACACCAAAGUGAAGUAAAUGAACAAAGAACUGAGAACUGAGAACAGUGAAGAAGAGAGAACAAGGAAUAGAAUAUAAAACAAAAAGCAAAUAAAGCGGAGGCAUAAAAAUUCUUCACAUCGUUCGGCGCGCACCAACGACAUCGGCACGGCAACGACAACGACGGGGCAGGCAGGAUCGAGUGUGGCGGACCGGACAAAAAGCCCC